AUGAAACCAGAGUUUAAGGAUAUUGGAAUAUAUAUACAAGAGAAUACUCGUUUAUUAAACAAUGAGGAUAAUAAAGAAAAAUUUAGAAAUAAAUGCAAAGAAAUGGCUCAUUAUCUAAUUCAGAAUAAGAAAGCACCACAAUUUGUAGAACAAAGUAAGUGGGAGGAAACACUAAUAUAUAGAUAUCAACAGCACUAUAAAGAACUAAAUAAAAAAUUUGGAGGUUGUUUUAUGAUUUUAGAUAAUAAUAAAAAAAAACUUUUAGAAUUAAAAUAUGAAGCAGAAGAUUUUUGCGAACAAAAUAAAAAUUAUAAUGAAUAUCUAACAAAAUUUAAAGUAGCAGGUAAUACAUAUAAUUGUAAGGGUGAUGCACAAUGUAUGAAAAUAUGUAAUAUAUAUAAUGAAUGGAUUACAGAAAGGCAGAAACAUUUUAAGGAUGAAAAAAGUUUUAUUGAACAGAAUUGUAAAACGUCAAAAAAAAAUUUAACAUUUCCAACAAAAAAAUGCAACCUAAUGAGAUCUCAAACAUUUGGAGGAAUUUCUAAGUGCUUAAACAUUGAUAAAAAAACAGAUGUAGAAAGUGUAUCUAAAGAAACAAGCAAAGGAACACAAGAAAAAGAAGGUGAAAGUAUAACUCAGGUUUUAUCUGUUCCUAAAAUGCAAGCGUCACCUCAAGAAGAGAUUUCUCCCAGAGAAGAUCCUUUACAUUCAGAAUUACUUCCAUCUCAAAGGGUGAUAGAGAAUCCAGGUGAUUCCGAAAAAAAUAAAGAAACUGAAACCAAAAAACUUCCAGAGUCUGAAACAUUUAAACAUCCUUUAAUUCCUGAAUCUCAACUUAUGGAAAUAAAAGAAACAUCUGUACCAUUAACUCCAGUUACUGAAAACUCCAAAGCUCCAUUUAAUCCUGCAACUGAAUCAUCUUCCUUCGAAAAACCAAUUAUUGCGUCUCAUCGUCGUCCUUCUACUAAACUCCCUGAAAUUUCAGAUCCAGCAGAAAAUUCACGUAAUACAUAUUUAACAUAUAUUUUAAUAAGCUUUAUAGUUAUUUUGUUUUCCUUUUUUAUUAAAUAUUCAUUAUUAGGGAUGUUUAAAAAGAAAGAGGAGGUAAAAAGAAAACAUAUGAAAUUUCUGAGAAUAAUAAUACCUUCAUUUUCUAACAUAAAGAGUAUGCUAAGUUAUGAUCGUUUGGAACAACCAAUAUAUAAUGAGGAUGAAAUUAUAAAAAAAAUAGAAAUACAUGAACAUAACAUGAGAAAAGAUAUAAAUAUGUCAAAACAAAAAAAAGACAUAUCAAAAACUAUAAUUGAAGUACAUAUGGAAGUACUACAAGAAUUCAUGAAUAUAGAAUGGGAAAACAAAAAGGUAAAAUUUUUAGAAAUAUGCUUAGAAGAUUUAACAGAAGAAGAAUAUAAGGCCUAUCAAAAAUUAACAAAUGAUGAAUUAAUAAUAGAUAACUUUAAAAGCACAAAUGAUAUGAAAAAAAAAAUUAUUCUAUGCAAUGAAUGGCUAGAAAGACAUAGAAAUAUUUAUGAGAAAUUAAAAAGAGUAGAAUGGUUUAAUAAUUUGAAAAAUGAAUGGAAGAUAGAAAAAGAUUAUAUAAAAGAAAUGGAGGAAUUGAAUGAGACAAAUUCAAAUGAAUAUAACAAAGUUCCAUUUCCAGAAAGAGAAAAAGAAACAUGGAGACAGUGGAUAUCAAAAAAGAGUAAGGUCGUAAAACAAUAUUUGGAACAAGAAUGGACUAAAGGAUUUUCACAGGAAUUAGAGAAUAUUUCAUAUAAAUAUGAAAAUAAAGGAACUAAGGAAGAUGCACCAUUAAUAAAUGUAGGAGAAUUGGAGAACAAAGAUGAUUAUGAAGAAUUAUAUAAAUAUAUAAAAAAUAAAUCACUGGCAAAACUGUGUAUACUAGUACUUAUGAUGAUAUUAGAAGAGUGCGAAAAAGAGAAUUUUAUAGGAAAUAGGGAAUCAUAUUUUGAUGGUUUAAUAAAUGAAUUGAAGACAGAUGUAAAUUUAGGGAUAAAAACAGAAAUUUCAGAAAACAUAACUGGAAUUAACGGAAAUGUUUUGGAAAAUAAGGAAAAUAUUGUUUAUAUGGAGGAAAACAAUUAUAGAAGGGACAUGAAUGAAUGGGUAACAGAAGAUACUAAGUACUUGAAUUUUAUAGAUAGUGAUAAUAAUCUAGACUAA